CUCCACCAUAAUUAUGAAAGUGAUGGCGGUGAGAAGUGGCAAGAUAUAUGUAGUAUCUGCAGUGGUUAGAUCAGUAAACCAAAGAGUUCCACCGAUUUUAAAUGACGGUACUUUCUCAGCCAUGUUCCUGAUCUCAAAGAAAAAGCUGAUGAAGAUGGGACAAGCCUCUCAACAAAUUUCCUCUCAGUUAAUUUUUGCUUCAGGAGGUUCUGGACUUGGAUCCGUUGCAUCAGAGAAGCUCCGGUGGAGGCUUGAUGAAGCAGAGAAGCUCCGGUGGUGGCUUGAUAAUGCAGAGAAGCACCGGUGGUGGCUUGAUGAAGCAGAGAAGCUCCGGUGGUGGCUUGAUAAUGCAGAGAAGCACCGGUGGUGGCUUGAUGAAGCAGAGAAGACAUAAUCAAGAAGCAGCUUAGGGACAG